AUCUGCUUGGGAGAGAUGGCACAGGACGAGUUCCACGUGGUGGAGAUCGUGCUGCCCGAGGAGGGGGAUGCUCGCUCCCCGGUGCCCCUGGCCACGCUGAAGCCCUCCGUGCUGCCCAUGCGGGGGGCUCAGCCGGCCUCUCCCGCAGUGAUGCCCAACCUGUCCUGGGACGAAGGGGAAGAAGAAGAGGAGGGUGCUGAGGAAGAGGAGCCAGCAGAGGAGUCCCCUGAGAAGCCCCCCAGGGGCCAAGCUGCCAAGAAGGGCAGCGCCGCUAAGAAGAGGAGGCUGGAGAAGGAGGAUGAGCUGAACAACGUCUCCCCCGAGGAGCCCCUUCCCAGCAAG